CAAUGGUUAAUGCUAUUGUCCACCAAAUCGGAAAGAUCAAACAAUCGUGAAUGGCAGCCUCAGAAGCCAGCGACGAUAGCUUCAGAGUCAGAGUGAAAAAGAUUUUCGGAUCGCUGACGUCUUCAUCCUCCCAGCGUCCUUCCUCCCUUCAAUCGACUCUAUGGUCUCUCACCGACGACGAGGUCGAGAGAAGAGAAUGGAGGAGAGGAGACACCGGCUCCUCUGAUAGGGACGAAAUACCGUGCUCUUCGUCGUUUGAUGAGCUGAUAAGGGAUCGGCGGAGGAGUUUUCGUAGAGAGCUCCAACACGACCUCGAUGAUGGUGAACACGAGUCCAAUACGUUGCGUAGCAGAAGAAUGGGCACUGAUGGUUUAGAUGAAUGGGAUAUCAGAUCAUCGAUUGGAUUGGACCGUACUCUCGAUAAUGAGGAGGAGGAAGAUCAAUAUGAUAAAGUGGCUUCAGGUAGAGAAAAUGCUGGGGAGCGUCUGUAUAUGAAGAAUGUUACUGAUCAAGAGUCUUAUUUUAACAUUCAUAAUGUACUUCCCAAGUCAUUGCAUGGCAAAGACCCACGUGCUAAUCACAUGGCAGCAAAAAUUAGGCUGCAAGAAGAUGAAGCUGAAGCUCAGAAAUUGAAUUUUAACCACAAUUGUGAUACAGAAGUUAAAGAGCCCCAUGACAAAGCAUCUAAUGAAGGUGGCAGGCAAUUGAGGUCUAUAUUGAAAAGGAAAGAAUUUAAGCAGGAAGACAACAAAUCAGUUUCUAAACGUGUCAGGUUUGAACCUGGUUGUAAAAUUGUUUGCAAGGAAGAAGCAUCCCAAAAAAUUCAAGCAAAUUCUGUGGACACUUCGUCACUAAACAGUAUGAUAUCAGAUGAUGAAUACAUGCCAAGCCAGAAGAGAUAUGGCAUUCCAGAUUAUUUACAGAAUUCUUCUAAGUAUACCCAUUAUAGUUUUAAUUCAUCCAGUGAGGUUGAAGGGAAAUCCAAUACACUGGUGGGUUUUCUUGAGCUGGUCGAAGAUCUAAAAUCCACAGGAUCAGAAUCAGCAUUGAAGGAUGUUUCAGGUGACCUUCCAAUUCCAAAAUCAGUGACUUUUAUUCCCAAGAAAAAAGCAGGUGAACUCAAAGCAGGAAAUUUCAGCAGCAAGGUUAAGCAAGAUGAGGAAGAAGAUGGUAAUCAAUCCUUGCAGCAGAGAGUCUUACCUGUCGGUAUUGCAGCUGGGGAAUCGCAAGGAUCUGAAGCUGAUAUAGUGGAGGAGGACAAGACAGAAGCAGAUGCCAUCAACAAAAGCGAAGGUGCCCAAAAGGCUAGUCGCAAGUAUCGAACAAAGUCAGGCUCAGAUGAAUCUGAUCCUUGAUGCUCUGUGAAGAUUGUGUGAUUCUGGUCAAUAGAUCUCUACUCAAAAUCUCAUAUUAUUUUCUCAUUGUUAUUUCAACAUGUUUGUGUUCACUGGUCAGCUCCUUUUUCCCCCUUGAACAGGGUUGUGCACAAAGUAGAAGUGCGUCUUCCCAUUUGGUUUGCUGCAUUUUAUGUAGGAUGAUGAUAUUCAGGCUUGAUUUGAUGGUGCAUUAGCAAAAUUCAAGUUGUAGUUUCCUGA